CAACUUGGCAACAGCCAACAACAAGCACUGGCAGAGAUGGCACCGAAGAAGACGGCAAAGCAGCGCCAGGAAGAGCUCCUGGCACAGCAAGAGGCGGAGCGGCUGCAACGGGAAGAAGAGGAGCGACUUCAAAAGGAAGCAGAGGAAGCACUCAAGGAGCAAAAACGCCUGCGAGACAAACUUCUCCGAGACCAAGCAGAUCGCUUCAAGGACGAGGUUGUGCUUGUGAAAGACAAGUACAUGUUGCUGCAGCAAGCACUUGAACGCCUACAUGAGGAGGAGGAGGAUGCGAAGCAGUGGCGCCGCAUUGUUGAGUGCCACGACACGCCAGCCCUCACCGACACCCGCGCCGUCAACACGUACCUCUCCCAGUGGCUUAACGAAUCAAUGCGUGUGGACCUGAACCCGGCGGAGGAGGCGCACGUGGACAUCAAGAAGCGCAUGCAGGAGAUUACGCAGGCCUACAAGCUCGCAGCAGAGGCAGACGCCCAGGCAACCCUCGCAGAAGCGCGUGGGGAUGAGGAAGAGGAAGUUGUGCUACUGCGCACCAACAAAGUUCUUCGUGACGCCAGCAUGACAAAACUGACAAACAUGAUCACAAAGCUCCUGCAGUUCCCUGACAUGAACACGCGCGAGUUUGAGGAAGACCUGUAUGUGUGCGAACAGCCCUCCACCACAGACUGCGAAGCCGCUCUCUUCCUGUGGGCAAACCUCGCUCGGAACCCAGCCACGAGUGCUGUCCAGUUCCUGUCGGAGUCGAAACCGCCGCAGCGCCGCGACCCGGACGCAGCCGACGCCACAGACGCAGCGACAACAGCAGCGGCUGCCACGAACACCGCCGCCGGCACAGCAGCUGCUACAACCACAACAGGGGCAACGACGGGCACAGCGGCGGCAGCAACGGGUGGUGAGACUGGACACACCGAUGGCGGUGCUGAGGACGUGCAUGCGCCCGAGUUCUCCGUCCCGCACAACCUCGCGCUUGCACCUGUCGCAAUGGCUCUCACGCAGCUCAGAUGCGAUCCCCUCGCAGAGCGGAUUGCACUUCCACCGCGGGCGCCGCGUGUGCACACGGUCGAGCAGCCGCCAAAGCAGCAGCCGGACACCGCUGACGUCACCGUCACCUUUGAGGACGCAAACCCGUCCAACACACCAAGCGUUCCCACCAUCCAGCUCACAGAGGAGCCGGAGCAAGAAGCGAAAGAGACUGGCGAUGAGAAUGCGUCAGCUUCUGUUGCCACCUCGGACGAGCAGCCCGACCAACAAGCGUCAUCUUCAUCACCACCAGCACAGGACGACAACAACCCUGCUCCAGGCUCACUCCAAGCACCAGCGCCGCAGCACGGCGCGUCGCUCGCGGCGUCUGCGCCCAAGGUCGAGCACAUCCACCACCCGGUCUUCGCGUCGUUGGAGCUUGAAGAAGACUUCACCAUCCCCGAGCCAGAACCAGAGCCGGAGACAGAUGUCACCAGCCGCAGGACGACGCGUCCUGCGUCCACGCGGUCCGCCAAGUCCGGCCGCGCCAGCCGCGCUGUCUCCGCACGCAAGUCUGCGCGCGCGUCUGCACGCAUGUCGCGCGCGGUCUCUGGCCGGGCAACGCCGCGGGUGCCGGCUGAUGGGAAGGACGAGGAGGGCGAGGAGGAGGAAGAGAAGAAGGAGGAGGAACCGCCGGCGGAACCAGACGAGAUUGAGUUUGAUGACAGUCCACACGACCAGGAACUCGCAGAGGGAGAGGUGGAUCUGCGAAUGCACGCCCUCGUUGGCAAUGUGAUGCGUCUGCACCUGCUCGGUCUGCCGCAAGCCGCAACACGCGUGGGCAAGUGGACCAUUCGUCCAGUGGAUGUGCCGGCCUCGCUGCAACCCGUGUCGUACCCGCUGCCAAACGCCCCGCGCGUGGCGGACCCAAACUCCGACAGCGACGAGCUCGUGGAACCAAAGGCCGGCAUGCCGUCCUGGCCAGCAAUCACAGUGAAAAUGCCUGUUCCCUCGGGCGUGUUCAUGGACGAGCAUGUGCGCGUGUGUGCGUAUGACAAAGAAGAGCGCAAGUGGAAGACGUCGCGUGUGGCGGACUUUGCGCUGACAGAGGGCGGGCGUUCCGCGUUUUUCAAGUUCUCCACGCUCGACUUCACCGCACAUUCGCUGUUCAGGCCGCGCAACGUGUACUGGGCGCUUCACGACUGGACUAUGGUUCCAGUGCGCUGCACGAAUGCCAUUGAAGAGUUUCCUCCUCCACCCCCGCCCACAGCAGAGGAGUUGGAGCGGGCGCGUUCUGCGCGGCGAUCGGCGCGUCGCUCGGCACGGCGCAACAAGGCGGCAUCAGCACAGAAGAAGGACCACGUGCUGUUCCAGGAGCCGAAGCAGCCGCAGCUGCGCGAUCUGGACGAUGCACUGCCCGUGCCCAAGCACUGCACCACGCUGCGUCUUGUCGGCGAGCACCACACGUUCUACAUUGAGGUGUCGGAGCUAGGCGCGCGCCUGGUGUCGCCGCGCUUCUACAACUGCCACCACCUUGCGCACUGGCGGCCGGUUGCGGUGUUUGUCAAGGCGAUGUGCGCUGCAGGCCUUGACCUCUUCCCUGCAAUGCAGUCCCGCUACGAACGCACCAUCAAGAAGACGUACGCGCGUGAAAACGAGGCGUAUUCGCAAGUGGCGUUGCUUGCAAGCAAGUUUGCGUUCCGCCCAACAGUGUGGGAGACGAAAAUGGCGUCACGCAACGACAUUGCGGUGCGCGCAUGCCAUCUUGGCGCCAGCGCGAGCGAAGCCGAGGCAGUGCCGCCCGUGUCGCAGACGGAGGUGGAGGAGAUGAGUGAGAUGGAGGCGAAGGAGGCUGAGGAGAAGGCGAGGGCGGAGGAGGAAGCGCGCAAGAAGGAGGAGAGCAGCAGCAAGAAGGACAAGAGGUCCAAAUCCCCCACGCUGCCCUCAACCCCCAAGCUGAAUGUGGAGGAAGCCAAGCCUGAAGGGGAGGAUGGCAAGCCCGUGCGUGCGCUCGAGGCACCGUACUCGUACAAGGACCCGUACCAGACAUAUGUGUGGCAGGACAAGUACGUGUACCCUGUUGCCCCGGGUGAAGGCGACGACAAGUUCCACACAGACCCGCUCGCUGUCGACCGCACGGUCCACGCCACCAUCUUCGAUGCCGUGCGCCACGGCGCUGACAAGGAGGUGGCAAAGGAGUGCGAGAACGCAUCUCCACGGUUUGUGUCUGAGGUUAGCCUGCUGCUUCGGCUGCUGCGCCCCUUGUCCCGCAACACUGGGCGCGACUGCCGCGUGUUUGCGUACAAGGAGAAGCACCGGCUACUUGUUGCGCGCCAACAGGCCGAGCUUGAAGAACAGCGCCGCAUCGAGAAGCACCCACGUGUUGAGAUGGUGUUUGUUGUGGUGGCGAGCGCGCUGUUGGGAGCAGUGUGGCAGCGCUGCCCAUGUUGCCCUGACGAUGAAGACAAGAAGGGCGGUGGCUGCGCCAUAGCACAGAACACAACAAGCGGCGGCGAACAACCACCAGCAAAGUUUGUUCCCCUCUUCAUCCUCGAAGGUAAUAUGGGACUGGAGGAUCCCGUGUGUGAUGAAGUGCAGCUGCGAUUGCGCGAGUGGAACGUACAGCACAAGGAGAGCGCAUUGGAUGCUGACGCGAUACAAGUGACGCCUCGGCCGUGGGGGUUCUUCAGCCUGGUGCUCAUCUCAGUGCCCGCUGCAUGGGUCAACACAGAGAGACAAGCCACGCUGCUCGAGGUGUGCGAGCAGCUGCGGUCGAUCCACGACAUCAUCCGCUUCGAGUUUGAGCUGACGCUGUCGCUGUCGGAGCAGGCGCAGCCGAGCGAGGGCGAGGCCAGCAUGGACAGCGCUGUUGCUGCAGCGACAGACAAGCACCCAUCACUCAAGGCCCUGCACGCUGCGCUGUGGCGCAAGGAGAACGUGCUGCGGUGCAUGUGUGAGCCCGCACCACGCACGUUCCGGGUCACCGGCACGCGGUAUUCGCCCAACAAGCACUUCACCAGCCAGGAGCUGUCGCGCGUGGCGGGGGAUGCGCUGCACGAGCGGUACCACGUGCCCGCAAACAUGACAGACUACGAUGUGAAUGUGCGUGUGAUUGCCCUGGGCGAAGACAAGGUGCUCCUUGGCUCGCAGCUGACGGCGGAGACGCUGUCACGCCGCCACAAGCAGGCGUUUGUGAAUCACGUGACCACGCGCAGCAACAUUGCGUACAUCCUGUUUGCGCUGGCGCGCGUGGGCCCCGGCGCCACGGUGCUCGACCCCUUCUGCGGGUCUGCAACGAUCCUGCUUGAGGCGCUGGCGGCGAGCGGCGGCUCAAUCACGUGCCACGGUGUGGACUACAGCCCAAAGGCGAUCCGGGGCGCGACGCAGAACGCCAAGAUGGAAGGUGUGCUUGACAAGUGCCGCUUCCACAAGGGAGACGCGCGCACGCUGACGAAGCUGUUUGAGCCUGCGUCGUUUGACGCCAUCAUCACCAACCCGCCGUGGGGUGUGCGCUCGGGCCAGUCCACCGACCUCGUGCAGCUCUACACCAUCUUCCUCCAGGACGCAGCACGCAUCAUCAAGCCAGGUGGACGGAUGGUCGUGUUUCUUCUCAAGGCCAUGCUGUUUGUGGAGAUUGUGCGGAUGACUGGCAAAUGGGAGAUUGAGGAGUCGUUUGUGGUCAAGACGCGAAACAACCUACCCACGGUGUUUGUGCUGCGGCAGCGCGAGGACGAGGAGAAGGCGCACAUCUUUGCGGGUCUCGAUGCCCUCACCCCAUAUUGCAGCUUGUCAUCGGAACUGUUCUGGAGCAUUCGCAACAAGGAAGGCACCGACGUCGCCAGCGCCCGCGGCACGUCCAAGAAGAAGCAGCAGCAGCAGCAGCAGGCAAAGCCCCAGUGA